GUCCAGCCCCCCCUUUUCCCCCCGACGCCCUCGUCUCGACGUCUCUCUCUUGCUCUUGUGUGUGCUUGUCCUUCAUCGCACGCCGCAAACAUGGCCCCUAAGAAGAAAGAAGCGCCCCCUGCAUCCAAGCCCGCCAAGAGCGGCGGUGGUGGCAAACAGAAGAAGAAGAAGUGGAGCAAGGGGAAGCAAAAGGAGAAGGUCAACAACAUGGUCUUAUUCGACCAAGCAACCUACGACAAGUUGCUGUCGGAGGUGCCCAAGUUCAAGCUGGUCACUCCCUCCGUGCUCUCUGACCGACUUCGUAUCACUGGAUCUUUGGCAAGGAAAGCUAUCAAGGAGUUGAUGGCUAAGGGCACUAUCAGGCUUGUUGCUGCCCAUGCCAACCAGCAAAUUUACACUAGGGCUACCAACACCUAGGUUUCUGUUACGGGUUUUGCUUGAAAUGUCGUGUGGAGAACGUCACUCCGACUUGCAAGCUUGGGGUUUCGACUGCCUUAUAAUGUUGUAUCCGAAUUUAAUAUUAUGCCCCAGGGUUUUGCGGUCUCGUCAUGGUGACUCCUGCCAUUCGAUCUGUACUUUCGAGUUCAUUAUUUGCACUCAAGGAUACUAGCUUGUGCACAACCUGUUCUUGGAAUGAGAGAUGCAUAAAUGAUGUGUCAAGAAUGACAUCAAA